AUGAAGGCCAACGUGCUGCUGCUGGCUCUAGCUCUCGCCACGUUGUUACACUUAGCGUCGGCGCAGUCGAGCUUCAACUCAACAUGCAAUGACUUUUGUACUGCGUCUCGCAACAACAGCAUCUACCUCAACUGCACAGGGCAAUGCGUGACAUGCAUUUCCAAGGUUCCUUCCGGCUGUGUUCCCUUCUUCAACCCCGUCUUUAACGAUGGCUAUCUCCAGAAGUGCGAGUGCGGCUUCUCCUGCCACGCGUCGCUCGAGUGGUGGCAGUGGAUGCUCGCAGGCUUUGCGAUCUUCUUUGCGUGCGCGAUGGUGGGCGCAUGCAUCAUGUACGGCACCAAGGGAGCACAGUAG